ACCGCCGCCCGCUCGAUUUCGCGAUCCACGAACGACGGUAGCCACCACUUCCACCUCCACCUCCUCCUCCGCCUCCGCUUCUUUUCUCUUUACCUUGCUGACGUUCUUGCCCUCUUACCCUCGAGUUAUCUCUCUCCUUUCCUCUCUCUCUCUCUUUCUCUCUCUCUUCAUCGAUAUCUAUUCAUUCCUUUCUCCAUCUUUCUAUCUUUUUCGUUCUCCAUAUUUUUCGUACGGCUUUUAUUUCUUUUUUUCCCAUCUCUUCUCCUACUGUUCCUCCGUUUUACCCUGACUGUUUCAAUUGGUCUCCGAGUCCAAGGUAUACCUACACACGCGAGACCGCGCAUAGAGAUGCGAUCGCCUAUCGGCUCUCCCUCUCAUUCUCUCGCUCUCUUCCAUUUUCCUCUGUCGAGCGAGCUUUCGCUAGCUCCGUACGUACGAACGUAAGUACGUACGACGGAGUGUCGUGCGCGCGUCCCAAGUGGAUGCGAGGCGUCGUCGCGAGGCACACGUCCCGUGGUCAAAAGUUAUCGCGCCGAUCCAUCGGAGUUACUAGAUCCCCGAUAAGGAAGGAUCUGCCAGUUUUUGGAGCAACUCGUUCCUCCGUAUCGAGAACAAAAACUUCUCGAAAAAAAUCUUCUCGCGACGCGCGAAGUGCACCCGCGGAGUCUGAGAAAGUGACGCGGAUGCGUUGAAAAGUGUCGGAAGCCGGAGCCCGUGCCGUCUCGAUUAUCGUUCAUGUUUAUACACGCGGAGGGACGAACGAUCGCAUUCCAAACGUGCUGACGUUUCCCUCGCGACGCGCAGCUUCCAGAAGCUACACGUUUCCUACUUCUCAUACUUGGAUCAUUCGUAGGUGCGGCUUAUACGAUCUCGUAACCCUCGCCCAAAUAGGCCUGCGUUUUUUUUUCAACCAGUGAAGUAUAUUAGAAAAGUUGUAAAUCGUGCCUCUUCCUAUCGCGGCAACGCGAAAAGUGAUACGCGCAAUAAUCUAAAGUAUUGGUGAGAUCACGUUCGACGUGAUCCGCGGAUCAUGCAUGGAUCACGGAACUGGAGAAUUUCCCCAAGUGCAAUCAGUGCGCGAUACACCUCGGGUCUGACGCCGAGCUCGUAACUGGAAAAAUAUUCGUAUACGAUAGCUUGUAGUUACAUUCUCGUGAUCAUAAGCAAGUGUACCGGUGCACCGAUGUAGGUGCGAUACCACGCGGAGAGCGAAGAAAAUAAUAAAGGAAGAUCAAAGACGAAAUGACACCGUUUGACGGGGAACGGAUCUUGUCGUCGAAACAAUCCGCGGAAAUCGCGAUGAGGUAGUGCUCGCCGGACACGCGCGUGUGGGUGACUCUAGUGCACCGACGAAGGGAAACUUUGAACGGUUUCCCGCGGAAGAUCUGAGACCCGGAUCUUCGAGCGAGAUCUUCGACACACGACCGUCACAUGUUUGGGAUUCGAUCGACUGCGUUUUACGAGCGAAGUCCUGGAGGCCACAGAGAUAAUCAAGCAUCCCCGAAGGACGCAGAUGCCCCGAAGGAAACAGCACGCCCCGCAACGUAUGAAAUGUAAGUAGUGGUCUCCGAUCGUUUGAAAAGCGGACGGCCCGCAGCCGCCGCACCGGACGGAAGACAUGCGCAGCAAGCAGCAGCCGAGGCCUUCUUUUCGGUGGCCGCAGCAACGCGGCGAUAAUCUUACCGGGGAGGACGGAGUCGAAGGCUCAGGGCCCGGCGCGGACCUCCAGGGGGAGGAGGGCGACUGCGUGGAGGAUGAUACCGCAAUUAGUCCUAGCGAGAGGGGUUGCACGACGGCGACCAAAGAGGAAGAUGAGGGAGACGCGACCGACGAAGAAGACGACGAGGACGCAUCGCCACCGACGCCACCACCUUCCGCGACCGCGAGACUGAACCCUACGAUUUUGAGGGAUACAGGACCCCCGGACAGAGAGCCAAUGAGUCCGCGCUGUCCAUCGAGAGAUUCUCGGGAAUCGUCCGGUCCGGCGACCGGGAGUCCUCCACCGCCAGCGACGAGGGGUAGCGCGAGUCCAGUUAGUCCAAGCGGCAUCGUGCCUCUUCCGCUCGGCGGUCAUCCCCUCUUACCUCCCCAUUCCGCGGCAAUGAUGGCGGCGUAUCUGCAACAAACGCAUCAGAGACUAUUACUAGGACACUCGCCGCUGUCACGUGGUUCCGUUUCACCGUUGGUCUCCUCCUCGUGUUCGCCACCGGCCGCUACUCCCGGUCUGCUGGUCUCGCCUAGCAGCGUAGGUGACGUAUCGCCGUCGGCUACCCCGUUGCCCGCUGUCCUUGACUUCAGCACCAGAAAAGCGUCCUCGACGGAGGACGACGAAGAGGAACAGAUACUGAACCUUAGCAAACCCCCGACACCAUCCUCCACCACAGAGACGAACAACGGGCCAUUGGAUCUAUCCGUUCCGAGUAGAAAGCGACCUGGGCCAGAAGAUUCGCCGCCACCGCCGGUUCGUAAAUCUUCCAGACUGUCCGCGAGCACGGCGGCAGCAGCAGCGGCGGUGGUGGCCCACCAGGAGGCCGCGCAGGCCGUCUCUGCCGCCGGUUUCGGCAGGCCGCCUGUCGUUUCUCCGUGGACGUCGCCCGUAGUCGCCUCGCACUUUCCUUAUUUUGCGGCCGCAGUCGCGGCAGCGGCCACUAGUCAGCAGCAACUUUCGCCGAAGAGCACUGCCGGUGUGGUGGAGCAUCAUCAUCAGCAACUCUGGAACGGCAAGAUGAAGCCACCGUCCACCCUAGACAAGUCUUACCAGCCAAGCGAAGCGACCAAAGCCCUCGAGAAAAUGAGCGAGCUGAGCAAACUGGGUGGCGAAGACCUGUUCAGAUCUCAAAGCUCGAGCGUCGGAAGCGGAGGUGCCAGUGGAGCCGCGGCAGCAGCUGCUGCUGCAGCGGCAGCGGUCGCCGGUAAUGCAUCCGGUGGGUCGACCUCUGGCAGCCGACACAGCGCAUGGCAGUCGCACUGGUUGAACAAGGGAGCUGAUCAAGCGAAGGACGUGCUCAAGUGCGUUUGGUGCAAGCAAAGCUUCCCAACCUUAGCCGCGAUGACCACGCACAUGAAAGAAGCGAAACACUGCGGGGUGAACAUGCCAGUCCCGGCAGCCGCGUCCGCGCUUCAUCCUCAGCAGCCAAACGUGCCAAGUAUCCCGACGCCUCAAACGCACCAGUCGCAAACCACGGCGUCUAGUAACAAUAGUGGUUCCGGUGGCGGUGGAUCCGCGACGCCUAGCAGUAAACAAAGUCCAUCCGAGUUGAAUCUGUUGAUCAAGGAAACGAUGCCAUUGCCAAGAAAGCUCGUACGUGGUCAAGAUGUUUGGUUAGGGAAAGGUGCCGAGCAAACGAGACAGAUUUUGAAGUGCAUGUGGUGUGGCCAGAGUUUCCGUUCCCUCGCCGAGAUGACUUCGCACAUGCAACAGACGCAGCAUUACACCAAUAUUAUCUCGCAGGAACAGAUCAUCUCGUGGAAGUCGUCGGACGAGAGUAAGGGUGGCAGCGGUGGUGGUACUGGAGCAGGUAGUGGCGGCGGUGGAGGAACCGUGAGUGGUGCCGGCGGAGGCGGUGGUGCGACGGUGACCGCUGGUGGUGCUUCCGGUCCUCACUCCGGAAACGCGGCCGGCCCUGGCUCUGGCGCCACCAGCAGCCACGUGAGCGCGGUGCUCACUUGCAAAGUAUGCGAUCAAGCGUUCAGCUCGUUGAAGGAAUUGAGCAAUCACAUGGUGAAGAAUUCCCACUACAAGGAACACAUAAUGCGUUCGAUCACCGAAAGCGGUGGUCGGCGACGACAGACGCGGGAGAAACGUAAGAAAUCGUUACCGGUGAGAAAGCUACUGGAGCUGGAGCGAGCGCAGAACGAGUUCAAGAACGGCGAUGCUGCCACGGGCUUGAGUCAGAGUCUAGGAAAGCACGCGGGUCGAAUAACCUGCGAGAAGUGCGGCGAGAAGAUCGAGACGACCAUCUUCGUCGAUCAUAUACGUCAAUGCAUCGGAGCAGGUACCGUGGGAGCGAAUCAACGGAACUUCUUGAAGAACGCGUUAAUGUCGAACCACCUGCCGGCGACGUUACCGCCCAGCGAAAGUGGCCGCAAGAGCGUCACCGAGGAUGGUUCUAACGUGUCUUCGAGGCACCACAGGUCACCUUCGACGGCGAGCGACGCGACUACGCCGGGAAAAGAUACGCCAACUCCGAUCUCAAGUGAAAUUACCGGAAGCUCCUCCCCAUCCGUGCUGAAUGCUAUUGAGAAACUGAUCGAGAAGAGCUUCGAUUCUCGCGUAAGGCACGGCACGCCUGGUCUGCACCACGCUCAACCUGGCGCUCCGAUGGGCACCAGCAUUUUGAAACGACUCGGCAUCGACGAGAGCGUCGAUUAUACGAAACCUCUGGUCGAUCCACAGACGAUGAACCUCUUGCGAUCGUAUCAGCAGCAACAUCAGCAACAGCACUACGCGGCGAGUACGGCUGCGCGACGAGAACGAAGUGGAAGCGAAUCGAGUUCCGUAUCGGAACGUGGCAGCGGCGGUAGGACGGAAGCGAUGACGCCGGAGAGGCGCGUAGAUCUAUCUUCGGUCGGUCACUCGGACAGCAGGCAUUCCCAUCAUCAUCGGGUUACGCCGGACAAGCAAGUAGGAGCGCAGAGUUUACCAGCCAGUCGUCAUCAUCAACCUGCGGAGGAAUCCGGGGACGAGGAAUCGUCGACGACCGCGUCCGCUUCCGUUGCUGCGGCGAACUCAGCCGCGACGGCGAACGUGGUCGUUAAAAAGGAACCCCGAGAUGAAGAUUCGGAAGAACGAGUUUCAAACGAGGAAGAACAGCCCCUGUCGCAGUCUCAAUCGCAGACGCAAUCGAAUCGUGAGGUGUUCGUAAAGAAAGAAAUCGUCGACGACUGUAGAGACGAGGACGAACAGAGUUCGUUCAGUCAUCGGCGAAGUAGCUUGCACGAAGGAGCAGAAGAAGGUAGAGAGGUACUGUCGCCUCGAAUGAAUCCACCGACUCCGAGAUCCACCGGGCAACCGGAACAACUGGCUCGUAGUCCCUGUAGGAACAGUACCAGCAGUCCAACCAGCAGCGAUCGGUCCGUGACGCCACGCGGAACUCCAGAUACAAAAGGAUCGAGCAGUCUCGGCGCACUUUCUUCCAUGUUCGAUAGCCUGUCCGGUGUCGGUGGGAGCGGUGGAAGCGGAAACGGAGGAGGCUCGGGCGGCGCAGUCGACUCUCAGGGACGCAAGACCAGUAGCCAUCCGUUGGCUGCGUUGCAGAAGCUCUGCGACAAGACGGAGACCAGAGGGACGAGCGGUAGCGCGAGCCGAUCCGGUAGCGGUUCCGGAAACACGUCUGGCCUCGGAUCAGCAGCCGGAAGUGGGGUUGGUGCGACAGGCCCAGGUUCCGGAACGACUCCCGGUGCCAUCUUAGCGUUUAGUUGGGCCUGCAACGAUGCCGUCGUUACGGCUGAUUCGAUCAUGAAAUGCGCAUUUUGUGAUACGCCGUUCAUCUCGAAGGGCGCGUACAGGCACCAUCUGUCGAAAAUGCAUUUCGUUAAGGACGGCGUGAUUCCGGACCCAUUGACGAUUGGACGGUCAGCGGCAGCAGCAGCAGCGGCGGCGGCUGCCGCUGCGGCCGCGGCAGCCGCAGUCUCGCAGAGCUCAACCGGGCCUCCAUCGGCCAGCCACAGUUCUUCUUCGCCGCCGACGUCACAGCGCAACAAGUCGCCGCCGCUUCCGCAGGCGAACGGCAGCCCAUCUCAGUCAGCGGCCUCUCCCCUCGAGGAGAGCCCGCACUCCAAAUUUCUCAAGUAUACGGAGCUGGCGAAACAGUUGUCCAGCAAAUACGUAUAGUCCGAGCCCCGUAAGUAGCGGUGCCACUUGUACAUAAGUGUAUCUAUACUGUAACGAUUGUAACUAGCGACGCGAUUGGACACCUUUACACCUCCCCUCGAACAUUCGCCACGAGCCAUCCGUCUUUGCGUUCGCGAUACCAUUAUCCGGCGAACGUUCUUCGUCUCCCACUAUUGCCGCCUUCCCGUCUUCUCCCUUCUCCUUCUCGUCCUUUCUUAUCUUGCCACCCUCGAACAGCCCCUUCAUCGCUCUCUCGCGGAGCGUCCGAAUUGAAUCGUGACCGGAUAAUCGAGUCGCGCGACGCGAAAGGAGGAGGUGGAUAUCGAACGUGCGUUGAUUAAAUUGUGAUGCCACCAUAUCUCGCGGCACUGCUGAGUCAAGGGGCUCGGCGAGCGGCCAAGUUUGUGAUUUUAUAAAUACUUAAGGACAUUUACGACUGGCGUUGAAAAAGGCAAUGCGAGAGUGAGAAACGUGAGACGUGUGAAUGUUGCGAGCGCGUGCGAAUGACUAAACGAAAAAAAGGGGGAAGGCAGCGAGGAUAACGAAUAGAAUUUUCCAAGGUGGAAGACGGGAAGGCUUUACCUAUCACAGCUGUCGUAAGGUCAGAUCAGCAUGUAUACCUCUAGAACGUAAGAGCGUAGUUAAUUAGCGCAUAGGCUAGGCUAGGGUCCGCCCUUGUAUAGGAAUCUCUUUGUUGAUACGUAGAGCUGAGAAAAAAACCAGUGAGAUCGUUCGUGAUCGAACCUCCACGAAAGUCUACUAAAUUCAGGAGGAAUCAUAUGAAACCAUGGUAAGGCGACGAAAAGGUGAGAAAGGGAGAGAGAGAGAGAAAGCAUAGAGAAAGAGAAAGGUGCAUCGAGAAGCAACGACAUACGGUGCAAUAGCGAGGCUCGCAGUUUAUAAUUCGAAAAACGCGUGCGCGGCGAGUCGAGCGCGCGCGACGCGACGUCCUCGAAAAAUGAAAAUUAUCGUUUUCCUUCGCUCGUAGCGUACGAGUAGACCAUUGUAAAUUUUCUUUGUUCAAAUAAUAUUUAUUGCGCCGUGCGAGCCAACGCGACGUUUUAAGUGUAAAAUAUUGUCAUUAAUAAUCGCUCGGAUUAUCGCGAAUACCCGUGUAUAUUGAUUACGAUUACGAUUAUUCUCUACUAAAAUUAUGAACAGAAAGAAAGGAAAAAAGAAAGAGAGUGGUAACGAAAAGGAGUUUAAGAAAAAAUGGAUAAGCUAGAGGGAAACCGUGAAAUAGAUGGGAAGCGAACGAUUGCUCCAGCGAAUCGUCUUAACUCGACUUCUGCUUGCGUAUCAAAUUGCCUGCAUGCGUGCGUGGAUGCGUGCGUGGAUGCGUGCCUGCGUGCAAUCCGAGCGAGAAGCUGAAGGGAAGUGAGGGUGAACUAGCUGAAGUAGAAGGCAAAUAAAGGAUUGCGAGAAGUGGUACGGAAGCUAGGCAGGAGAGUGCGAGAACGCGUAAAGAAAAUCGGCGACUCGAGUGAGAAAGAAAAAGAGAAAGAAACAGAAGCCGUAGGAGCGAUGAUUGCGCGCGCUCGAUGACGAGCAAGCGCAGUUCUGGAGCGGAACACACUUGUAUACGUAUUUCUUGUAAACUCUAAUUCUUCCAUCGCGGACUUUAAAAGUAUUUAUCGAUAUAACGAUAAUAUUAAUAUUAUUAUUGUAAUUAUAUACGACUGCUGAGAGUGCGAGCGGAGAUACGAAGAAUAAAAAAAAAAAAAGAAAUCGUGGAUGCGAUACGCGGCGAACGAAGGCGCGCGGCGCGUACACGCUCGCGAAUACAAGGGAAAAAACGAAACGUAAAAUAGCCAACCGUGCGAAAAAUACGCUCGAAAAGUACCUACCUACUUACAAAUGCGCAACCACAAAGAUAUGCAUCAUGUAUACGCGACUCUUGAAACCAUUUUACCAGAUUUGUCAUUAUUUAAUUAUUUCGGUUGUAUUUUAAAAUGCAAUUAAAGCUCAAAUAAAUAUAUAUGUUAUAAAGUAAA